AACCUCAUAUUUCCACUUAUCCCACCCAAAACCCUGUCAUUGUUUGUCUCUGUGCUGUGCCCCUGGUUUCGAAGCGGAUGGAGCUAACGGCGCAGCAACUCAAGGGUUUCGACGGCUCGGACCCGAGCAAGCCCAUCUACGUCGCGAUCCGGGGGACGGUCUACGACGUCACCUCCGGCAAGGGCUUUUACGGCCCCGGCGGCCCCUACGCCGUCUUCGCCGGCCGGGAGGCGAGCCGGGCGCUGGCCAAGAUGAGCAAGAGCGAGGAGGACGUCUGCGGCAACCUCGACGGCCUCUCCAACGAGGAGAUGGGCGUCCUUCAGGACUGGGAGAAGAAGUUCCAGGCCAAAUAUCCCGUCGUCGGCCGCCUCGCCUCUUGAAAUCCCUUUCGAUCCCAGCAUGAAAGAUGCGAACUUUCUACUUAUUGAGGUCUGAUUUCAUGUGCCUACUGUCGAUUAAUAUUUUAUCUUGUUUGAUCAUGAGGGGACGUCGGUUUGUGUAUGCAAUCGACUAAAUAAGUGAAGACGCUGUGUGUGUGUGGAUUCAGCAAGCUAUUGCCUCCUUUAUUGAAAUCCGCUAUAAUUACCGAUUCGAUCUAUACAUCCAACAACAAAAAAAAAAAUCUAA